AUGACAUCCACUCAAUAUAAUGAGUUAUGUGAGGAGAUCUAUGAGCAAAUCAUGGACAGGAUGGAAAGGAAGGAGGAAGAGAGAAGCCGAUUUGCUCCUCAUGGCACAGCCAAGAAAGUACUACAGCCAGAAGUUUUGCGACGCUUUUUUCGCAGUCUUCAAUUGGACGAUAUGCCAACAAACAGUGAUGUUGAUCUUGUUCUGGAAUUUAACGAAGACAAUUUGAUCCGCAAGAUGCGAGAUCGGAAGCUUCAUGAUUUCCUCGCUAUUCUCAUUUUCACAUCCUGCACCAUCGACGCCGCUCGAACAUUCACCACCACACUGCUAGCUCAAACUGCCUUACCGCCAGAUGUUUACUCUCUGCCAGCAGAACGUGAGAGGCUCACGGAGAUUUUCGGGGGACAGGUCACGCCGGACAAAUUCCUGACACAGCAAGCAUGCUUUUGUCCUAUCGUGAUCUGCAACAAGAAAGAAGUUCGGAUUCAGAGCAUCGACCGGCAGCGUUUACCCUAUCUAGAGCAGAAAUUUCGCGGGAAAGGAGGGUAUGGCUCUGUAUACCAAGUGACGAUUGCUAAGGGGCACUUUCGCGACCCGGUCAUGGGAGGCCGAAAUGAUCAACCGAAGAAAAUGGCACGGAAAGAUUACCAAUCCAGUAAGGACGUGGAAGAAGAGACUUUGAAGCAAAUCCUUGCUUCCGAUCGGACUUGUCCAAAUAUCGUGGAUAUUUACGGCAGCCUUGUCAUUGGCUUGACAAAUAAGUACAGCAUCUUUAUGCCUCUCGCCGAGUGCGAUCUGGGUGCCUACAUGAGGGACGACCCUCGAGCCAGACCGAAUACCACCAUGGAGAAGACAGAAAUACUCAAUUUGGCCCGGGGACUUGCACGUGGGCUGGAAUUUCUUCAUAAUGGCAUGAGGACGGCCGAAGGGGACACGAUGAUCUGUUACCAUAUGGACCUCAAGCCGAGCAACAUUUUGGUGUUCCAUGAAAUGGUUGGAAACAGGCUGGAAACCGUGUGGAAGAUCAGUGACUUUGGCAUGUCUCGCCUCAGAUUGAGAUCUCGCAGAGAGGAGACAGAUUUCGACAGUUGGUUUGUCCCGUUCGAACAGCCCAGAGAGGCAUCUGCCUCGGCAACCUACAACAAACGCGGAGACGGCACAUAUCUUGGGCCCGAGUCCCUCUCACCACAUAAGGAUAUGAGAACAGCAAACGAUGUCUGGUCUUUGGGGUGUGUCCUCAGUGUUGUGUUUACAUAUUUAGAGGAGGGCAGCUCUGGUGUGGAACAGUAUGGAGCAAGGAGAGUAAGCCACCGCAGCGCGGAUGGCUAUGAUCGCUUCUUCGUCACAAAUCCACUGUUCGGUCGACCAAAGAUCCACCCUGCGGUCACAAAAUGGCACGAAGAACUAAUAAAGAAAGCCAAACGGAGGAGUGCUAAGGAAGGUGAGGCGGUGAAAUCGAUGCUGGAUUAUCUAGAGCGUGAUGUUCUUCAGCCAGAACAAUUGAAGAGAUGCACAGCCCAGCAAUUGGAAGAAAAGUUGCUUGACACAUUUCGAAAGUACAAGGAGUUGAGAAAUGAAGUGAGCUCAUCUUUGCCAGAGGAAGAGGCUGUUUUCGACAGGGUGCGACAGGUAUUGCACAUCGGUGAGAGGCAACAGGCGGCCACCACAGAGAGACGCGUGGAACAUUGGUGUCUGCAUAAGCCCGAGUCUUUCAAAGGCUGCGAGAUCUCUCCAGAUGGAACUGUCAUUGCGUUUUGGACUGAUAACAAAAUUUCGCUUUACAAUUCGCAAUCUCUAGAGCGACAGGGGAUUAACGGCAUACGCCCGGCUGCAGAAUAUUCGAUUCCGAUGCCAGAAUAUCGCUGGAAGAGUAUCAGUCUGACUAGAAAACACCUGGUAGCUUCCACCUCCAAAAGCACUUUCCAAUGUUACAUCUUCAAGCUACGAAAUGGGCUCAAUCUCACCCGUGGGGAUGAAAUUUCCCUACCAGCACUACCUGAAAUCAAAAAGGUGGCUAUCGCACCUGGAGAUAAGAUGCUAGCAUGUGUUCUCAGCGACAAAGAUGCAGACCAAAAUCCAGGUUCCUUAUACAUUGGUUCCAUCAGUUCUCCGAAUGAGUGGAAGUUGGGGAAUAAAUUAGAUUGGCCGGCAGCAGACGUUGUUCAGUUAUCAUUCUCAACAGACGACGACCUCCACAUGGUCCUCCGACCACAACGAAGCAGUUCAAAUCGCAAGCACGAAAUUCCCGUCAUUCAUGUGUCCCUUCAAUCUAGCCAGCUAUGCCCGCUCAUUAUCGAGCCACAAGGACUUGGGAGUAACAACAAUGUUAGUCUUUUUACCACUUUCGCUCCGUUUUCCCAAAGGCCCCAUGUUUGUGCACUCGUCACCCGAGAAAAAGAGUUGCACAUCCAAAACCUUUCACAAGUAGAGAAUACAGCUCCUAUACUUGCCUAUAUCAAGAAUUACGGGGUGCUUAAGCUGAUGAUGGGACGAAAUGAUGAGAAAAUGUUCGCGGUGGGGAGGCGCGCGGCGCAUCAUACCAUGUUGUUAUUGGAGAUUGACAUACCAGCGACCCGGGAAACCAAGGUUUCUGUGACAGAGCUUGCUGAAAUUCCGGGCCUGGCAUACCGCGAUGACUUUGCAGAGAGGGUCGUCCAUAGUGAAACAGAGAGCGUUGUUAUUCUUGCUGCUUUGAUGGAUGCAAAUCGAUGUGGCAUAUACAAAAUCACUGUGCCCAGGUCUAGUUAG